GGUUCCUAACAAUUGAGCUAGGGUUUUUUUUUUCAACCAAACAGGGUUUUACCAACUCAGAUAAGACCGGGGCAUAUUAGGGUAAUCUCAAGAUUUUUUUGCGCAGGUCGAUCUUCGGCUUCAUAUCCGCCUCUCUGAAUAAUCGAGCUCGAGAGUUAAACACUUGGAUUGGAGGGCAAAGAGAGGAAAUGGCAGGAAAUGGUGAUCGGGUUCCCACAUUGGUUUAUUGGGGAGGUGAAAUUAUAAAGAACGGAUACCUCGGGUCCGUAGAUUAUUCAGAGCCACCCAAAACCAUGUGUUUCUUGAGUCGCAGCCACAGCAGCUUCAUUGAGAUGCUGGGUGAAGUGCGUGCUGCAAUGGACGCCGAUGAUGAAGAUGUGGACACAAGUCUCAGUCUGUUUGGGAAGUACCCGACUACUGUUCCGGGCGGGAAAGUCGUGUUUGUUUCAAUUCCACUCACCGACAAUCCAUCCUGGAAGUGGUUUUUGGAAGCCAACGCGGUUCCUCAGCCUGUUCAUGUGUAUGUGGUUGCUGCAAAGAGAGCUCCAGAAUCUUUUACUAAUACUGCCAGGGGGCAUAUGGGUGUGAGGAAGAACAAGAAUCGAGCAACAAUGAAGAUCUUUGCCAAAACCGCCACGUGCAAGAAAAUUGCCCUGGAGGUUGAACCAUCAGACACCAUUGCUGAGGUGAAGGAACAGAUUGAGGAGUUGGAGGGCAUUCCGCCUAACCAGCAGCGGCUCAUCUUCGCUGGCAAGCAGCUUGAGGACCAUUGCACGCUUGUGGACUACAAUGUUGAGAAUGAGUCUGUUCUCCAUCUUACCCUCAGACUAUGCGGUUGUUGACAGUCUGCUCUCGUUCACCACAUCAAGCGACUGUAAGAUACCAUAAGCCCUACUUUUUCGCACAAACAAUAGUUAUUGGUGAAGAAUUAUUGUCUGUGAGACACUAGCUGUGUCAUCUUUGAUCUUGUUAAUUAGAUUUGUCCUUAUAUAAAUUGCAUCCGGGACCAGUAUACAUUUUCAACUCAUGAUUACUUUGCACUUGCGUCUUAGUGUGUGUUUGG